ACGUAUCUCCCAAGAUGGGCCCACAAUGGGAUAAUAGAACUAUAGAAGAAGUUGGUUUUCCUGUGUCUUCUCAGAGGCUGAGGUUCGAGCUCUUUUUUGGUUCCAAUCUUCGAGAUUAAUCGGACAAAGGAGAAAGAGGAGGAAAAAGACAAGAGAAAGAAGAAAACACAGUCCAGUAGAAAAGUUAUGGCUGUCGGAAUAAACGCGAUGGCGGUGACGUUUGUGGCGCACGCGCUCGCGGUAAUCGCGGCGAUUAUGGUGCUGUUUUGGAGUAUCAGCUACAGAGGCGGAUUGGCCUGGGAAGCUGAAAACAAGAAUCUCAUCUUCAAUCUGCAUCCUGUUCUGAUGCUCAUCGGAUUUAUAAUCUUGGGAGGAGAAGCCAUUAUAAGUUACAAAGCGCUUCCUCUGGAGAAACCAGUGAAGAAGUUAAUCCACCUUGUUCUCCAUGCGAUUGCUCUGGCUCUAGGGAUCUGGGGAAUCUGUGCAGCAUUCAAGAACCACAACGAAAGCGGAAUCCCUAAUCUUUACAGCCUCCAUUCCUGGAUUGGUAUUGGUGUCAUUUCUCUUUAUGCCUUCCAGUGGGUGUACAGUUUCAUAGUGUUCUUCUUCCCAGGAGGAUCGCCAAAUCUAAGAAGCGGAUUGCUUCCGUGGCACGCAAUGCUCGGCUUAUUUGCUUAUAUACUUGCGGUUGGGAAUGCAGCUUUAGGGUUUCUGGAAAAGCUGACUUUCUUGGAGAAUGGAGGGCUUGACAAGUACGGAUCAGAAGCAUUUCUUGUAAACUUCUCGGCCAUUGUCACCAUUCUCUUUGGUGCCUUUGUGGUACUCACUGUUUCUGCUAAGUCUCCUUCCUCUUCCCCUCCCAUUGAUGAUGAGCCUAACUACAGCUAUUCUGCUAUAUAAAACACUUUCUACAUUCCACUCAUCUCUGUAUUUAAUUUCCCCUUGUUUAAGUCUUUCACUAUGUGAUGCAUUUGUAGCGAAAAAAACGUUUCCUUGCGGUUUACUGAUUACGAGUUUGCUACUUUUGGUUUGUAAUAUGACCUAUGAAAUUGAUGAAUCUUGUAAUUCAUUUUCUUUUGGUUAUAUUGCCAUUUCCUU